GUCAAAAUAACAUUUUCAAUUUUUGAAAUUUACAACGUUGACUAUUGUUUAAUUUGUGAUUUCGUCCAUAUAUAUUUUUCAGUUCAUUAAAUAGCGUUGAAUGUGUAAAAUCAACUACUUUAAUUCGCAAGAUAGUGAUACAUUUGUACACCGGUACCGUUUCUUGCUUCUGAUUUAACUACCCUUAAAACGAUGUCAAAGGUUAAACUGAAUCUGAUAGCGGCAGCAUGCGAAAACAUGGGGAUAGGAGCCAAUGGUACACUUCCAUGGAAGCUCAAAAAAGAAAUGGCGUACUUUGCUACAAUGACAACCAAAGUGAAAGAUACAAACAAGACUAACGCAGUGAUAAUGGGACGGAGGACUUGGGACUGUAUUCCCAUGAAGUAUAGACCUUUGAGCGACAGACUUAACAUUGUAUUAACACAUCAAGUUGAUGUUGUUAAAGGUAAGGUCCCAGAAGGUGUUAUAGUGGUUCCAGGUCUCGAUGAAGCCAUAAGCUACAUUGAAAGUCGAGAUGAUAUUGAAUCCACUUGGGUAAUAGGUGGCUCUUCUAUUUAUAAGGCAGCAAUGGAACAUCCAAACUGCGGUAAAAUAUACCUAACGGAAAUACAGAAGUCUUUCGACUGCGAUACAUUCUUCCCUAACAUCGACAAACAGCAAUUCCAUCUGGUGGACGAAGAGGAGAUACCUGGCGAAAUUCAGAUGGAAGGAGAUAUUAGCUACUAUUUCAGAGUCUAUAGGCGAUUAUAGAGUGCAAGGUUUCAAUCCCUCUGGGAUGAAUUUUCGAUAAACUACCCCCUCGAAUUUCCACCACCUUGAGAUAGAAUUUCGUAACAAUUUUUAUCGCUUAUUUACAUUCAUACACACUACAACGCAUUCUUUCCACAUAAAGACAAACCACAGUUCUAAGUGGUGGCUGAAUACCUAGGGAGGCAGGUGGAUAUAUUGAGGAGGGGGCAUUAGUUACUAUUUUCAGCGUUUAUUAAAAAUUAUACGUUAUAGUAUAUAGUUGAAAAAAAACACUCCUCUAGGCUCUAUGAGUUUGAAUGUUAUUAACAUAGUUUCUUUACACAGUAGUAUAGUUCAUUAACAUAGUAGUAGAAGAAGAAGAAAAAUAAAACGAAAAACAUAAAUAUAACAUGAUCAUUAAAAUAACUUUAGAAUAGUUAUACCUAGUAACUAUGCUAUGUUUUUACACGAUCAAGUUAAGUGAAAAACAUGGUGCAAUUACAUUUCUCACAGUACUGUAGGCAAUGGUUAACAACAGUGUUCCAAGGAUCCGCAAAUAUGUCACAGUGAGGUGACUCUGUCAGCAGUGCAUUUAGCGCCGAAAGACUGCGUGGAAUGGGAGAUCUAAAUAUGUUGGAUUGGAUUGAAUGUAUGUAGAAAAGCGAUAUAUAGAGCCCCCUUAUUCAUUUAUAUUAAUGAUAAAACUAUAUAUGUAUAUACAAAAUCUGCUUACGACCAUUUUUAUUUUAUUUAUUAACUCUUCACACAUAAUAUACAUAUAGGCCUUAAUUUAAAGGUGUAAGCAUAAACUCAAAAGAUUUUUUUUCCGUACACCCAGCCGUUGACAAAUUCUUUAUUGAUUAAUCUAAAUAGAUAAGUGAAUUAACAUUGAAUGAAUGAAUGAAUACACUUUUAUUGUACACCACAGAGAAAAUUUACAAAGAUACAAAUACAACAGCACAAUAAGGUAGAACGUACAAUUUGGCGGCCUUAGCGCUAAAUAGCGAUCUCUUUCAGGCAACCAAAGGCAUAAAAGAAAAUCCUAUACGAAAAUAGUAGGAACAAACAUUAGUGAAAUAUUAACAUUCACAACGAAUGCUACAAAAUCGUUACUUAUUCACAUUACUAUUUAGAAUGAGGGUAGGCCGACGACGAUAAAUGUAAAAACCUUUUGUUGACGUUCCAUAAUUUAUGUAGCUCGGUAUAGGUAGAAACGAAGUACUUACGUUCAAUUUCCUUCACUAUACAUGUACAGGUUGUUUUUUUUUUCUCAGAUUUUGUGAUGAAAUAUAUUUAUAUAGAGAAUUGAUAUGUAUGGAGCUUGUUUGUUCAAACAUUUAUUUAUCGGUAUCGAAAAUGUGUCUAAUACGAUAUAUUUUCAAAAGCAUUUCAUAUGUCGGUGUCAUCAUAUCGACCCAUUGGCCUACUAAGGCAU